AAUGUCAGUAAAGCAAGGUGUGGAGGAUAAUAACAGCUUGUCUUCUGCUAAUCUUUCUAAUGCCGAUAGCGGAGAUAGCGGAAGAGGCCCGAGUGAAGAGGGUGAACAAAGCUUCAAUUAUUCACCGACAAAACAAAAAUCUGUAUCGUUCGCUAGAAGAUCGCUUCAAAGGCAGAUUGACAAACAAAUGACUGUCUGCGAGGCAAAAAAUGCUUCUAUUUGUCGUUUGUCAAAAGAAAACGUCUCAAGAUUACACAAUACUUCAUUAAAUAGUGUGGACGAGGACGACGAUGCUGCAACAACCACUUCCGGAAGUUAUACGGUUGAUAUGAAUGACGUGAAAGAAGUUGGAGGAUCGGUAUUACAUUUCCCCAGCGUUCAUGAAGUGAACGUGUGA